CACAGCCUGAUAUUGCAAACUAACAGAGUGGGGCGCUGGGCACAGGGGCCUCCCUAUCAGAGUGAGCACCACUGUCGAGGCUACCUGUCUGUCUGGGCCAACCUUCAGAGUGCCGGGGAGGCAGAGCUCCCAGGGAAGCUUGAACCUCACCUGGGCCGGUGGGAAUGGAUUGUGGACAGCACUUCGUCUUAAGAAGUGCUCGUGUUUCAAGAAGGGAAUUGGGGAUAUUGGGGGUGGGGGUGGUGAGACGUGUGAUCGCCACAGCUCCCCCUUGCUCCAGAAACCUCUGAGCCAGUCAUGGGGUCACAGUGUUACCAGUUUCCUGGGAAUUAGAGCAGAGGUACUCCCAUGAAAACCAGCCAUUACUCAUCUCUGGCUUGGGAAACAGCAGGUGGGACUGGAUGGCGGCGGCCUCCAGCUCACUGCACCUUGUGUCCUACUCGGUGGACAUCUGGAGGUGUGGCAGGACCUUGCAUAACGCCCGGUCUCUGAGCAACCGCAGCAAGAACAGCAAGAAUGGGGGAACUGCGCAAUUUCUCCCCCCACCCCAUUCUUUACUUUUGAAUAAAAAGGCUGCUUGAAAACACCUGACCGGCUCCGUGAAGGAGAUGGGAGCUAUUUGGGAUGCAAAUCUGAAUGGAUGUUAUUCAAACACUCAUUUUUUCCCUUUAUGCAGAAUGUAUUUGAACAGCAGUUUCAGGCAGUGACCUGUCUGCUUCUCUGUGCCUGUGACGAGGGGCCUGUCAGAAGGAAAGGCUGCAGCUAUGAGCUGGCUAAGGAGCCGGCCUUCAGUCUUAACUCAGAGGUGACUCUGACGGCCCCCAGAGAUCUGUCUAAAGGGGCAGUCAUGGACACCCAAGGAAAUUACAGGCGGAUGUCCGGGUCCCCUCACCCUGUCUGGGCCCUUCGCCUUUUGGCCUCGGGGCUUCAGGCUGCUCCUGAGUGUUCGCAGUCCCUCCAAGACCUCCCCCUCCCUGGGGCCCUUGCCACCUGCUCUGGUCCCCCUUCCUCGGACUAAGCAGUCCUGUGCAGGGUCAUUCCAGCAGUCGGAUCUCAAGGAAAUCCUCUGCUGAACUCUCUACAGGGAGAUUUCUUUUUAACAUUUAGGCCUUCAAUGCAUGAAUUCUCAGACUCAAUUGAAGAAGUUUGAAGAUGUGAUUUAAGCCAUUUUAGACAUUUACGUUGAAAGGAGGGUAGGGAAUGUAUGUAGGGUGCAUUGGUGGCUUUGUGCCAUUUGCAGGGGGACCUGUGAGGCAUCCCCUCAGACGCAUCCAUGUGCAAGAGGUGCAAAGGAGGAGUUUUCAAUCAGGGGCCACACCAAAACCCCUCUGAAAACAACCCAAAGGCAGCAUUAAUACUCUUCUAGUUUGGAAAGAGAAGCUUCUUUCUGCCCAGAUCGCUGCAUUAUUCUUGGUUAUGUUGUGUUCCCAUAAACUCCACUGGUCCAUUCUGGGGCAGUUAGACAGGGCAGCUGGCCUGCAGUGGAAUAUUCCACCACACCUUGCGAGACGUCAGGUUUCCAUUUUGCCAGCAACGAAGACGACAUGGAGCAGGCCAAGCGGUUCAGUUUCUGCCAUUUGCCCCGGGCGUGGGCUCGCUCUGUGCUCACACCUGGCCCCCCGGGCCAGCCCCCAGAUUGCAGAAGUGCCCUUUGGUGGCGGCGGCACUGCGUCAUUUGGAAGGGCGGUCUGGAAGUUCUGCAAUGGUGUAGGGUUCCUGCUAGAAGAAGGGGCCAGAGGAGAGUGGUGGGACGUUCUUGCUGCCCAGGGGGGUCCCCAUGGUGUGGUCGCUGCAGCCCAGCUCUCCAAACCCACGCGUCUGUACCUCUUGACCUCUGGGAAAGGAGAGCGAGAAGAAUGAGGAGGAGAGGGAGCUGUGGGGAGGAGGCAGAAAAGUCGGUGUCAGGAAGACUUGAACAGUCUGUCGCUGCCUUUGAGAUUGGCAGGGGGCCACAAGCCAAGGCAUGCAGGCGAUCCCUAGAAGCUGAGAAAGGCAAGGAAGCAGGUUCUUGGCUGGCGUCUCCAGCAGGAUUGCAGCUGUGCGGACACACCUUGAUUGCACCCAGCGAGACCCAUUUUGGACUUCUGACCUUCACGCGAUUUGUGUUGUUUGAAGCCACUAAGUUGGUUCCAGCAGCCAUAGAAAACGCGUGUAGUCACCCCUGCACCUUCUCGGUACCUCGCCAGAACUGUGUAGACGCGUACCCCACUUUCCUUGUUGUGCUCUGGAGUGCGGGGCUUCUCUGCAGCCAAGGAACAGGAGCCCAAGUCCCAGAAGGACAAGCAGUUUGCCCAAACCUCAGAAUUUUCGAGUCCAGAUUUGAACCCACUGUGCCCCUCCUGCUGUUCCGAGCAGCCUGGGUGCACGAGGCACACGCCAUUCUCUGCAGGAGGGGCAGUGAGCACAGCCGUUUUCCACCCCUGACUCCUGUCAGCUCUUGUCCAGUUUAGCUGCCCAUUGAGAGAGAGACGGGCUGGUAAGUUAGAGCGGAGCCGUCCAGCUGCGACAAAUCAGGAAAGACUUCGUCCGGGGCAGACUGUGAAUGGUGACAGUUCUGUGACCUUCAGGUAAUAGCGUGAACCUCACAAGCCGUGUCUUUUGUGCUUUGGUUUUCUUACCUGGCACGUGACACUAGGAUUUGGGGAGGCAAGGCGGAGUUGGGGCGAGAACACGGGUCUGGGGAUGGACAGACUGGAGACAGUUCUGAGGAACACUUGUUGCUGGUGUUGUGACCCUGGACUCUUACUCAGCUUUCCCCAGCCUCAGUGUCCCCAUUUGUAAAGCAGGAAUAAUGGAGUUCCCGGGAUGAUUAAGUGAGAGAGUGGGCAUAAAGCCCCUGACAUAAAUCAGCUAGAACCUCACCCAACUGCUGAUGCCUGACUGCUUAGGACCCACAGAAAUGGCCAUCUCAUACAGUCCGGCCUAACAACAGAAGCCUAGUAGAUGUUAUCGUUGAUGGGGCUUGUGGUCGUAAUACAGUUUUGAAAUUAUACAAACCUGGUUUCAAAUUCCACCUUGUUAAAAAAUAAAAUUCAACCAAGUGACUCUGAAGAUCUAAUUGGCUUUAUCAAAGGAUUCAUGAAUCUGGCAGCAUCCCACCUCAUAAGCAGAGGGGGGCUCCCAAGGGUUGCACAAAAUGGACGGUUUUUAUAGGAAGGAGGGCGGGCAAGAAAGUUGAUAGCAAAAGAAAAGGAUGGUUCCAGGCAAGGUUUCUUUCCCCUAGGGGGAAGGAGGAGUGGGGGUUUUAUCUUGCAGAUUACCUCAUCUUCCUUUGAAGGAAGGAGAGGGCCCACGUGGCCGAUUACUUCAUUGGCUCCCAUCAGAACAUUCCUGACUGCAGGCUAAGACCACAUUUCUGGGGGAAGUUGAAAUGGCAGUUAGAUUAGGGAUUAAGCCCUGGUUUGGGGCCUUGGCCUAAGUGAGGCCAUUUUGGGCCUGUGGUUUUCUUUUUCACAACCUUUUCCUUGGCUCUCCAGACUUUUGUAAGUUCAUCUGAGAAAUAAUUUUUGAAAGCCAGUGUGUGCCAGGCACUAUGGCAAGCACAGAGAGGAUGGCUGGCCAGAGAUGGCUGUCCCCGUGGGUCUUUUGGUCUGGUAAGUGACUCUGGGCAAACUGACUUCCCUGAGCCUCAAUUUCCUCGUCUGCCAAAUGGGGACAGUAAUGCGCUCUUCAGCAGGCGACUGGGAGGGUUGGAGACCCAAGUACCCAAAGUGCCUGGGGCAGUGCCUGACACAUAAAAAGUGCUCUGUCAAUGCAAUUAUCGGCAUUGGAACAACGCCGGAAGCCUUCGGAGUGCUUUUAUACCCCAGCACCUCUUUCACCCCCACGAUUAUUCCUGGUAGGUAGGAAAGCCACAACCAGCCCUUUGUCCAGAUGCAGGAUGAGUGACGUAUUAGUUCCUGAUCAUAAUAGUUCUCACGGGGUUGGGUUUUCUAACUCUCAGCUCCAAGGUUCAGGACUCCUGCUGCCCACGGCUGUUACUCACAGGGCAAGAAGGCAAAAGGAGUCUUCCUCCCUAGAGAUCCACCCCCCCAAAGAUUUAUUCAUUUUAGAGAGAGAGAGGGAGAGAGCAAGUGCACACAAGCAGGGGAGGGGCAGAGGGAGAGAGAGAAUCUCAGGCAAACUCCCUCCCGAGCUUGGAGCCCAACACGGGGCUCGAUCUCUGGAACCGAUAUCAGGACCUGAGCCAAAAUCAAAAGUCGGAUGCUCAAUGGACUGCGCCCCCCUGGUGUGCCCCUCCCUAGAGAUCUUUUCUGAAUCGGCAGCAAUUGUUCAGAAAAGGUUGAGCAUUGAACUGCCUGGAGGCCCAGAGGGGAAGGGUAUGUUUUUAAGAGAGCCAGCCUAGAGCUGGGCUUGGGGUUCAGGUCUGGCUCCCCCAGCCUCUGUGCUGGACCACACCCACCUACACCCCCCCCCACACACACACCCUGACAAUCUUACACAAGCUCCUUGACCACUCGAGCCCCAGUUGUCACAUCUGGAAUAGAAAAGAUGAUACUGGUCACGUGGGAGGGAUUCAAAUUAGAUGACAGGCAGGAAAACACUUGGUAAACUGUACCGUGAGGCCGAUGGAAAGUAACAGUACUAUCAUCAAACAUCUAGGUUUCUACCAGCCCUAGGCUUUUUGCUGAAGUUCCCAUCAGCCCCGACGGUCUGAACCUGAGGCCUCUGCUAGAUUUGCAACCAACAUUAGUUGCACAGUGACUGUGUUAGUAUUGUGUUAACUUGGCAUGUUGUGGCAUCUGUGAAACUCACACGGGCAUCUCCCUUUCUCC